CAUUUAUGUUUAGCCUACAUUAUUAUCAUCGUAAUUAUUAUUGUUCUCUCAAUGGCAUAUAUUAUAUCAGCCCAAAUUAUGUACCAACAAUAUUGUGGACUGAGGUCCCCAGGGGACAGACUUUAUUGGCUGUGACAUAUUCACUUGUGUUAUACACUUGUGCAGUCCCAGUAGAUAGACUCUUGUGGGGAAUGUGCUAUUUAACCUAAAGGUGUUCUUCGGCUGUCCCGAUAGGAAAAACAUUUGAAGAACCCUUUUUGAUUCCAAGUAUAACCCAUUUGGUUCCAGGUAGAACCCAUUUAGGUUCCAUUUAACACCCUUUCCACAGAGGGUUCUACAUGGAACCAAAAAGGGUUCAACCUGAGACACAAAAAAGGGUUCUACCUGGAACCAAAAAGGGUUCUACUAUUGGGACAGCCGAAGAACCCAUUUGGUACCCUUUUUUUAAAGAGUGUAUAGGCUAACCUAUGCUCUUGACCGAGUGAUUGAAUGAUUGAAGAAGACAUGCUGUUUUCUAAGGUCUAAUUUAAUCAACAACAUGCUCCCUCUCUCUCUCUCAGGAUAACAAGACGAGAUAAAUGUGUCUGUGGCCUUUCCUUAUAACUCUCAUGGUGAUCAGGGACCAUAUUAAUUGUACUGUGGGGUGUACCGUAGUAUCCACCACUGAUCUGCAUGACUAGCUUACUGUACAGAUGUAUUGACCCUUGCUGUGUCCUCUCUUGGCUUUAUGUGGAUAACACGGGCAUUCAUUAAAACACUACCCCAUCCCUCAGUUUGAGUGUUUUAAAGCUCCAAUGUUAAACAAUGUACAGUGGGCAAUAUGGUUCAGUGCAGAACAGUUAUACACAGUUAUUCACUCCAGAAGUUUUGAGCUGCAGGUGCCUUUGCAAGUACUGAGACUCCAGAGACACUGCAGGGUAGUCUUGAGUGGAGGGCGGUAUGUGCGAGGUCAGCCUGACAGAUGCAUUCAGCUGUAGCCUACACACAAGCGGAACGAGUGUAAACUUAAUCACAUUUUACCUUUGGAUACUAAGGGGUUAAUUAAACCACUAACAGCUCACCAUGAUUUCCCUCAAUGACUUAGUCACCCACUUAGUAGCCCACCCAGAAAAAAAAUCUGUCACUACUUCGCUCUUCUUUUCGUUCCUCUAUCUUACUCUAUUUCCUUCUCUAAACCUUUGAGGUGCUCCACCAGUGUAUAGUUGGUCUUCCCUGUGGCUCAGUUGGUAGAGCAUGUUGUUUGCAAUGUAUGCAUUCACUACUGUAAGUCGCUCUGGAUAAGAGUGUCUGCUCAAUGACAAAAAAAUGUAAAAAAUGUCUUAUUAGAGCUCAUGGAGUGAGAGGGAAAGUUAUGUAGGCCGGCAUAUUUAACUUGAGGAGGGAGAGGGAGAGACUCAAUGUUUCUCUGCGCUGUUCUCAAGGGCAACAGUCUAUUUAUAGGCUUACUGUAUGCUGCUGCUUAGUGACAUCUUUCUGCCCUAUUAUUGUGCCAUAUUCUACAGAAUUAUGGGUGUGCUUUAUUCACCUUCUGCAAAAAAAAUUACGUUUUGUAACGAACAAUAAUCUCUUAGAUCGCUCUCAGAUCAACUGAAGAAGGAUAUUCUGUAUUCACUCCAGUUCCAAUUUUUAAAAUGUAUGACAACGACACAAAACCAGGGCCUGCAAAGUAUCUGAGUAGGAGUGCUGAUCUAGGAUCAGGUUCCCCCUGUCCCUGUAAUCUCAUUCAUUAUGGUCUAAAAGACUAAACUGAUCCUAGAUCAGCACUCCGUCUCUGAAAUGCUUUGUGUAUACAGACCCAGAUGUUUUACAGAGAAAAUAGUCAUGGAAGGUUAGUGAGGACGGGACAUCCUAGUGAUGAGCUCAUCAUUCAACUCAGAAAGACAACUUGACUCCCAUUAUGAAACGAAUGACAACGACUGAAUGCCCAUGUCCCAUGAGACUAGGCUUUUGUGAAAAGACAGUGGUCUGUUACACUGUUCAGUCACAUGCAUGUCAUGGAAAUGCAGAGUAUUGGGCACCACGUCACAAUGGAGUCUCUCUAUCUCAGUGCUAUCAAAGACUUUCUUUUGUGCUCAUGUGCCAAGCCAACAAAAGAUCCUGUCUUCUUCACGUGAUGAAAAUGUCGAACAUGCCAUGAGAUGUUUUUUAUUUAUGGAUGCAAUUAGGCUUCUUCAUAACACGAAAUGUGCCCACUUGACUUUGCAGCAUUAGGUGUAAGUGUGUUUAUUGCUGCAGGACACUUACUGUAUUCAUUUUUUGUGUGCGUGUGUGUUACUCCUGUGUGUGUUUGUGUGUGUGUAUGUCUGCGUGUGAGCACAUGCAUGCUUGCGUCGAUGCCUGCCUGUGUGUGUCCACAGGAGAACGUGUCCCUGGCGGAUAUCCUGUCGUUGCGGGACAUCUGUCUGACGGAGCAGGAGGUGUGGGCGGUGUGUGUGGAGUGUGUCCUGGCCUUGCAGAGUAUCGCCUCAUCACCCCUGUUCCACACCCUGUGCAUCACGCCCGACACCCUGGCCUUUAACGCCCAUGGCAACGUGUGCUUCAUGGAGCAGCUCAGUGAUGACCCUGAGGGCUCGUUUAUACCUCCAGAGUUUGACAAGACUGGCAGUACCUUUGAGGGACAUGUGUACUCUCUGGGCUCCACCCUCUCUGCUGCGUUGGACUUUGUCAUUGAGCCAGAGCUGGAGGCAGAGCUGGGGGAGGAGAUUCAGAGACUGCUGGAGCAGAUGCAGGAGGAGGGGCCAGAGGACAGGCCACUCCCCCAGGACCUCCUCUCCCUUGCAGAGGAAAAGCUAGUAGAUACCUCUUCCACAGCCCUGUGCCGGAAACUCUCUUCUAUAGGACGAAGAGUUCUGUCAAUCGAAUCCGUCGCAACAUUUCAAGAUGGGUGGGAUGGCUCUUGGGAGGCUCGAUGGCAGCAGCCCAAACCCAACUGGCAGCUCCACAAGAGCAUCAGCUCUGAGGACAGUAGCUCCAAAGACCAGGGCAUUGUCUCACAUACCACGGCAGAGAACCCGGACUUAAACGACUCCAAUGGCCUGCAUCGGCAUCACGUAUGUGGAGCCUGGGACUCCACCCUUUGGGCGGACGGUAUGGGGGAUGUGGAAGAGAAUGGAUGUGUCAGAGAGGAGGACAUGUUUGGUUCUCAGUUGGAUAGCAGAUCUCAGAAUAGUUCUCCUGUACACAGGAGGGCUCAGGAGAGGGCUGGGAGGGUGAGGGGGGUUCUGAAUCGUUCCUGCUCCGUUCCAGACUCCAAUAAUCCCCCCGCAUUCCCGCCCGCGCCCCAUGGGGAUAUCAGUGUCAAUGUAUCGGACCUCACAGAGAUAGGAGCUGAGGAAUGCAUGGGGCACGGGUCUGUUUGGAGCAAGAGAGGGGACAGAGAGAAGGCCCCUUAUCAGUGCAAUGACUCCGAGCAAUGGGACUCAGCGAGAGACAGUGAGACAUUAGAAGGGGAAAGAGAUUCUACCAUGCCCAAAUGUGGUGGUGAAACCGAUUCAGACAGUCAAAGUGGAACACGAGAUGAAACCUCUUCGUCCCGCCCAGCUCAAGACCCGGACAUGUUGGUCGACUCUGCUUGCAACAUGACUUUAACCUCCAACCUUUACACUCCCAAUAAUCACAUGACUAAAAGCAUGCUGUGCCUCAAUGAAGAAUCUCAGGAUGAGUGGAUCUCUCUGAGGGAUCUCCUCACACGGAGUGGGCAGAGACUGUCUGUGAAUGAGCUAUGGGCCCUGUGUCAUACCUGCCUCUCCACACUGCAGACCUACUUAGACUACCCAGCAUACCUAUGCCUGGAUACAAUGUAUGUGGGUUGUGAGGGAGAAGUUCUCUUCUUGAAACCUAAAAACACAGGAUCUUGUGAUGCAUUUUAUCUGGCUCCUGAAUUCCAGGAUCAUGGAAUCGUAACUGAAAAGGCCUGUGUUUAUGGGGUGGCUGCAAUCCUAUGGGCCACGGCCAAGUUCAACCUGUCAGCCAAUCAGAAGCUGGCUAUGCCCAGGAAGUUGAAGAUGCUGCUGCUGGAGAUGGCCAAGAGGACGCCCAUCGAGAGACCUUCCAUUGUCGUAGCUAAAAAGAGCUGUCGGGAUUAUCUAUCACGCCAAGGAACGAACGCUGAGACAGUGUGGACGAAGCUGAUCAACAGAGUCCACCCGCCACUCACAAAGGACAUUGAUGCAGAGGAUCAGAAUGGAUUGGACAGUAGAGUAAGCUCAAGUCAGGAAUCAACACGUAUCAAGAGUGGGUUUGUGCCCAUGGCCACUGAGAGCCGAUUGGCUCCUGUACCUGGCCCUGUUCCCCAUAGCUAUCCAAUUAGCGGAGCCCCCCAGCUUCCAGAGGCCUUCACUUCCCUUGCCACACACUUCACCCCCAUCGUCCUGACCAGGGAGGGGGACACUGAGGAAACUCCCCUUCCUGCUUCAGACAUUGAGGAGGCUAUAAGUGAAGUCACAAGAGGCAAUGACAUCCAGCCUGUGCAAGAGGCCAAGGACCGAGAAACCCCCUCACACCUUGAGGACCUACCCCUACCUCAGUCAGAUAGAGACCUACAGGACAACGGACAGGACAGCCCUGCCAAUCAAAGGAGCGUGGUCACACAUAAGCUUUCCUCCACUGCCUCUAGGACAUUGGUCAACUCUCCACCUCCCACCUCCCCCGAACUCAGCAACCAGAGGACUCCCGUUUCAGACCACCCACUCCCUCCUUCGACCACACAAUUGACUUGGUCUUCCUCUUGCCAAUCGUCAUCCUGCUCUCAUCUGACUGGUGGUGGUGUUUUCAACAACUUCCUCUUGCGUCAGGACCCUUUAACAGGGCACUUAACCCUGGUGCCAGUGCAGAUAACAGUCCCUGAGUCCCUCCAUGGUCUGGAGCUCAAUCUGCCCCUGAUCUCAAGCUCCAGCUACCUCCAGGGUCAACCCACACAUCCACGGGGCCCUAGAGACCAUCUGACCCCUGGCCAGGGAGCUGAACCUCUUUUGGAAUGCCUUAAUGGCAGACCCUCGGACCCCAAAGCGUCCAUGCCCCAUCCCCAAAAUGGAGAAGGAGGUCCAAAGACAGGAGAAGGUGAGGGUGAACACCUAUCAGAGUCCCAUGGACCUCCUCAGGGAGACUCAUCUCCUCCCCUCUCCCCCCUGAUGAACCCUUCCCUACAAGAGGUUAUUGGCCUGCUCAGGGCAGAGUUUGCCUUUGAUGGCUAUCUGGAGAAUGGUGUAGAGGAUCUAGCAAUGGGGGAAUAUUUCCUGUCUCUGAAGGACCUACAGUACCAGACAUUCUGCAAUGUUGUGAAAGAGAAGUUCUGUGACCUUUACUGGAAUGAGGACUUAUUGGGAGUGCUACAUUGUGUGGUCAACUACAGCCAAUUAUCUCUAGGCUCUAAUGAACAGUCUCCAUCAAAGCCAUGGCAAAGGGCAGCCACCUCACCCCUGAGGGCUGCCAGCUGUAGAGUGGAGGAGAGGGAGGCAGUGCGGCGUGGUCAUGUCGACCUGAACGGCAACCUGCACCACAGUGGACCUGUAGCUUCAGAUGCGUGGGAGAGAUUUGAGAGACACCAGAGGGCCCUGUCUGCACACAGAGAAGAUACUGAAUCAGAGGAGGGUCAACAUCAUGGCUGCCCAGGAUUGAGAGCUGCUGAGUGUUUGGUUAAGGGGGCUAUGGAGAGUGCCGAGCAUCCAGUGGGGGGCGGCGAUGAAAGCCCCUCUGAAGCUGACUCUCUAUGGGGGACGGACGAGCCACUGAGGGUGGGCCACCGAGGCCAGAUGAGCCCUGACUGCUGCGAGGACAUGGAGGACACAGAAUCUCUGGUGUCUCAUUGUCUCCUCUCCCCCAGCUCAGGAGCAGAGGAGUCCAGCCACAGCCUCAGCCCAGCCUGGGCCCUGGCCUUCUAUGGAGGGGACUGUUUUAGUCAGGAUGUGGUGGAAUAUGCUAGGAACUUGGGACAGCAUAGUGAGUCCCCGUGCCUGGAGCUGAAAACACAGGAGCUUCAACAGCAGCUUAUGAUCGAGACGAAGAAUCAGAAAAAGACCAGAAAUUUCUACCAAAAGCUGCUCCAUCAAGAGAGAAAAAACAAACGUUCGGAUGCUAGAUUGAUGCUGUCCAAACUCAAAGUCCAGCUUGAGGAGUUGAGGUCCAAAGUGGAGUUUCUAGACUCUAUACAGAAAUAUCUGGAGGUUCUGAGUGUGGAUCAAUGGGGUGUGGAUGUGUCCCUCCUUCCCUCCCUGGCAGCCUCUGAUCCAGGGAGCCCUCUGGAUCUCCAGCCCUCAGAGGAGCCUGCCGUGUUGGGAUUGGUGUCUUUGUCUGGUGUAGGGACAGGGACAGGGAAGAGCAGCCUGCAGGCCGCCACACCCCUGGAUUUCAUGUCCUACCUCUAUGCCAGAAAUGCUCCGUUGGAGGGUUACAUCCAACAGUUCCUGUACACGUACCGCUAUUUCUGUACCUCUCAAGAACUCCUUCAGUUCCUGAUGGACAAAUUCACCAGUGCAGCAGCAGGAGGUGGUCCAGAUGUGUCAGGGGACAGUGCUAAGGUGUACCACCGGAGUCUGGACGUGCUGCAAAUCUGGCUGACUGACUACAUAAUGGUGGACUUCAGCCCCAAGUCCAGCCUGCUGAUGACACUGGAAAACUUCCUCACCACUGAAGUGUCUCCAGUAGACAGUAGAGGAGAGAGACUUUUGACCACUCUUCAGAGGUCUCCCAGGAAGAGGUGGAGCCAAGGCUGUGGGAGCCCAAUCAGCAUGCAGGAGGAUGAUGCACUGUCUGUCCAUACCUCAUGCAGAAAUUCUGCUAUUGAGUACUCUGGAAGGAAGAGCUUCCAGUGGAGGAUAUCCAGGGUGGUUGAGCCCCAGUCGACCCAGCCUAAAGACAAGGCCUACUCCAUAGCAGCAGCCCUGCCCCGGCCCUACUACACUUCCCUUAUGGAUGACAUCUCCAGUGCCUGCCUCAGAAGCGAGGAGAGACACCCCUUUAGUCAGAGUGAACACAGCGCCCAACACACGGCACAGCAACUCACUCUACUGCAGCAGGAAAUGUUUCAAGGCUGUCACCCAAUUCAUUUCCUCAACUCUAAAUCUCAAGGAGUCAGGGACAAAGCUGUUAGUGUCACCAAACAUGCGUCACACUCUGUUCCUCCAGUAGAGGGCAGCAGUCUAUUUGUUCAUGAAGGGACUCCGCAUGACAGCCACCUCCAACAGCUACUGAGAUAUGCUGACAGCAUCUCCAAUUGGGUCUCUGCAGAAAUCGUCAUCUGUGAUUCGAUAAAGAUCCAAGCGGCUUUGCUCACCAAGUUUCUCCUAAUUGCCAAACACUGCUAUGAAUCAAGAGACUUUGCCACGGCAAUGCAGGUCCUUGGAGGCCUGGAGAAUGUGAUUGUCAGGCAAUUACCGGGUUGGAAACAUCUGUCUACCAAGGUGUGUGAGGUCCUUGAGGAUCUGCGAGCCGUGCAGGUCUUUCUGAAGAGUGAUAACCUGUGUCUGAUGGGAGGAGAGCAUGUGAGGGGGAGACCCACCCUCCCUGCUGUCCACAUCCUGGCCAUGCACAUUCAGCAGCUGGAGAUAGGAUCCUUCACUCUGACCAGUGGCGCCUACAAGUGGCCUAAACUCAGGACCAUAGCCAAGGUGGUGAGUCAGGUGCAUGCGUUCCAGGAGACGGUGUACUCCUUCACGCCUGACCUGGAGCUGCAGGCCUACAUAAGACUAAGAAUAGGCCACCUCAGCGGCUGUGACAUCCCCCUGCUGGCUGCAGACAACGAGGCCAACUUCUACCACAACCCCACUGACCGACACACCCGCAGGAUCCAGGACACACUGAAGAGGGUGAAGGCCACCUUCCAGUGACCCACAUCCUUGCUGAUCUAGGAUCAAUUUGGUCUAUUAAGCCAUAAUGAAUAUGAUUAUAUGGACAGAGAGGACCUAUUCCUAGCACUGGUCAGACAACUACUCAACAGACUCCAAACCCUCCACACCCCACUGGGUUCCUUUAGUAGCAGGGGGUUGUCUGGGAAAACUUUUCAUUUUUCUCUCUUUAUUGGUAAUAACUUUUUUUGUAAGAAUCCAGCUCAACCCCCCACAUUGCACCCAAUAGCCUGACAACCCACAGCGCACAUCCAACUCCUUGAUUCUCUCCAAAGCGGACUACAAUGUCAUGUGAAACAUUUAAUUGAUUUUUUUUAAAUAUUGGGAUGAGGAGAGUAGAAAACAGUAUGGGACUUAUGAAAAUCCUUCUGGUGGAGGCAUAUGGAUGCUCGCGUUUCUCUUACACGAAUUUCGAUUGCUAGUGUCCGAGACAACAUAAUAGUGAUAAUGUGCAACAAUGUUUCAUAAUGAGUUGACGUAAUGUCUUUAAUUCACUGAGUGUACUCCUGUAUUAUAGCUAAAUUAGACAUUUUGAUGCGACCACAGAUAGCUAAUGACCAUAUUCAUCCCUCUGGAGCACCAUUCGAAAUACAUUGCCAAUGGCUAUUUGACAUGAUAAUUACAGCAUUUCAAGAUACAAAGAAAUGAUCAAAAUCAUGAUGUAGUAUGCUAUUACGACUAAAGGAUUUCAAAUACCUGAAUAAUUGCUAUAGUUCCAUACAAUAAGUGUUUUUAAAACAAACAUUAAUGUUGCAAUGUAACUACGGUGUAAAUAGGCUACAAAUUGUUGCAUAGUCAUACUUGCAAAAGUGAAAUUAGAUCAAUUUUCUAAACAUGUGAUUUGCAAACUGAUUGAAACAACUACAAUAAAUGUUUUAAUAGAUUGAGUUUGCUACACAUUUUGAGCAUGGUGUGCUACGUUCUUGUCCCUGGUUGAUUAAUGCUAAAACAUCAUGAAAUUUUCUCCCUUUUCUUCAGUCCCAAAAAUAUAUCAACAUACAUGCAUGUGGAAAAAAAAAAAAAUAAACAUUGGCAUAAUCAUACUACCAUAUUUAGCACAUUGACAUCUUGUUAAGUUAAUUAUCGUUUAAAUGAUGUAUCUAAUAUGAGAAUUAAGUGCUGUAGUUACAAUUAUUGUAUGUCUCCUACCAUUAUUUCAAGCAUCUAAAAACUCUAAAAACGCAAAGUAAGCUACCUUGUAAUCUUUCAUGUUUCAAAGUCUGAUGUAAAUGUGCUAAAUAUGUUAGUUUAUGCCAAAUGCCUAUUUUUGGUGUUUUCCCACAUAUGUUCAUAUAUUUUCUGACUGAAAGAAAAGUUCAUGAUUUUUAUAUAAUUCAUCAACCAGGGGACGAGAAUGUAGCCCACCAUGCUUAAAAUGAGAAGCAAACUCAAUCUAUGAGAAGAUGUAUUGUAUCCUACUUGUGUUUUUGUAUGGAUUUAUAGCAAAACAACAAACAAACAAAAACUACCCGAUCACUGAGGAUCGGAGAGCAUGCGACAGUGGCAGACUCAUUGUAUGUGUGUGUCGGGGUGUUAAAGUUGGGGGUCCAAUUUGUCUCCGACUACUAAGGACGUUGCCACAGAGGCGAGGAAAUAUGCUCUGUAUGGAAGCGACUUCCCCCGGCGGCGUCCGGUGAGGACCGGACAGCUUCCAUUGUUAUCUGACGGGAUCAGGGCACCUCUUCAAAGCACACGAGAUAAAGGGUCGUAAUUGGGAGGCUGAGAAGCAAUAGUCAGAUCAUCGAUAAAGGAGACAUUCAAUAUA